AUGUUCGAAUUUGCUUCAGAGCUCUCCCCCCCAUUUGCUAUAUGGUCGCCUACCCUGACCAGUAAUUCGACAACCCUACAGCCCGGAGAUAUCCGUCUAAUCGAGCCCAGUGACAUCCCGAUUCCGUUCCAGGGAGGCGCUCCACGUCCCUGGCCUGAAGCAGAUCGCAUCGUUUUGCAGGUGGAUCCGAGGGUAAACGCAACCGGCCAAACGGUCACUAUCCUCCUUUAUCCUCCCAGCAUCCCAUAUCCCGUGUACGUCGUCGGAGAGAAUGUGCCGCUUCCUGCUCCCGGGACGGUGUUAGAGUAUUUCUUCAACAUCACUUCUACGGACACGUAUCCGUAUGACCUGUGGCAGGUUGUCGUCGUGCCCUCGCUCCAGGAGAUCGAUAUCGUUCUCGCCGCCAGCGGGACAUUCCUACUCUCCGCACUAGCCCCAGGCACCGUACCUUCAGACAGCUUAAGUGCAACCGCAACGGUCACCCUGACCGAAUUCAACUCGUCUGAACCGAUCUCUUCCAACUACCUGAUCAACGCCCCAUCGUCCUCGCUGCUAUCUACCGGUUUCCCGCUGAUCCAGAGCGCAACUCAGAGCGCAUCACCUAGCUCAGGCUCCGGCUCAGAUUCGGUUUCGGUCGCUGUUCCAACCGCCGCGGCGGGUAAUGUGCUAUUGUUGAGCGCCGCAAGUGUCGGGCUACUUCUAGCCUUGCUGUGA